CCUCGUUCCAAUAAGCGGCUCUACGCCGUCGCCGCCGCCGGCAACGCCUCAUCACCAUUCGCAUCAGUCCACCCCCACCCGUACCGAAUAGUCGCCGACAAUGUUCCGACCAGCAACGCCUCUGAGCAUACUGCUGCUCGCGGCAUUCGCGUUGCUGUUGCUGAGCACGCUGAGCAGUCCGAUCAUCAAUUCAAUAAACAUCGCGACUUUUGGUGGCGUCAAGUUCGGGGUCUUUGGCUGGUGCUCGGAUACAGCAGGAUGCAGUAAAGUGGGAUUCGGAUACGAUAUGGAUACGAUCCUCGCCAACGAGGGCAAGUCCGACUUCUCGCUACCCAGCAAAGCUCGCAACUCCCUCACGAACCUGUUGAUCGUCCACCCGAUCGCUGCGUUCCUGACGUUGAUCCUGUUCAUUCUCAGUGUCGCCGCACACCUGAACAAGCCCGCGCACUCCCCGAAAUACCUCCUCGCGUUGUUGAUCCUUUGUCUGCCGACACUGAUCGUUACUCUCCUCGCGUUCCUCGUCGAUAUCCUCAUCUUCCUUCCGCACGUGCAAUGGGGCGGGUGGAUAGUUCUGGCGGCGACCAUUCUAAUCGUGGUCAGUGGAUUCGUCAUGUGCGGCAUGCGUCGGCAGAUCGUGGGUCGCAUCGCGCGAAGCAAGAGGAUCCAGGACAAUGCGGAGAUGAACGGUCAGGGCCAAGCUCAAAACAACUAUUUCCGCAACCAGCCGGCGCCGGCGGAGAGCGAGGACAAGCUUCCCGAAUUCGCCAUGUUUGAGGUCAACAAGCCCGGCCAGCCAUCCCAGCAAGAUGGGGAUCGGGUUCCAUUGAAUCCUAGGACUGCGGCGCUGGAGCCGCAGGAGGAUGGUGUCUACACGCGUUCGAACACGCUGCGGACCGAGAGUAGCGAUCGGAGUAACCAUGGUGCUCAUUCUGCUCGUGGUGUCGGGCCGAUGGGACCGACCGCUCCGAUGGGAGGACAGUACAGGGGCCAGUAUGCAGGUUCGAAUCAUAGUUCCGCCAACGGAGGUUCGGCGCCGUAUGGACCGCCGCCACAGAUGCGAGGGGGCCAGGGAGUUUAUGCUGGGGAGAGAGGUGGUCAGGGAGGAUAUGCUGGGGAGAGAGGGUUUGGAGGAGAGAGGGGAUACGGAGGAGGAGGAGGAGGAGGACCGCAACCUAUGCCCAUGCUAAGAACAUUCGACGGGCCACCGCAAGGAAGACUCGGACCCUCACCGGGCCCAGGGGGCUUCCGAGGACCACCGGCAGGAUACGAUCGCGAGCCUCGACGAGGAGGACCAUAUCAAGGCGGCUUCACACCGGGACCGGGAUCGAUGAAUCGUGGACCUCCCCCUCCCCCUCAUGGUUAUGGUCCGCAAAGCAACUAUGGUUCUCAGCCUAGGGGUAUGGGUCCGCCUGGUAUGGGGGUGGUGGCCGGUGGCGGCCUUCGCGCACCACCACCACCGCGCCGUCAGCAGCCUCCACAGGAAGCAUAUGACUUUCCCGCCGGAAUUGAGAAUACCCACUCGGACGAGCGAAGGGAGUUCGAACAAACGCUUGCUCCAGUUAAUACCGAGGUUAUCGGCAGGGCGCUCUCGGACGGUGGUCGCCUGGAGGAGACGACACGGCCGCAGGAACUGGCAGCGCUGAGUAGCGAAUCCGGCAGUGGAACUGGAAAGCUAGCAGUGGUCAAUGAGUCACACCCAGUGUUCGGGGAGGACAGUUACAUUCCCCCACGAGCACAACGGCCGAUGGACGACAUGCAAAGCCCUGCAGCACGGAACAGCCUGAACGAAUUGCCCGGGUCAUCGGUGACACGGCCCGGACCCCCCUCUCGUGCCGGCUCGUCGAAAUCGAAGCGCGUGUCGGACUCGUACUACGAAGAUGUGGCACCGCAGUUCGACACAUCGUUCCAGGACGACCGAAGAAUACCCACCCCACCGCUGCCGGCAGUGCCGCACCAACUGUCACCGGUGGUUCCCAACGCGGUAUCUUACGAUCCCCCCACAGGCGCACCGUGGAAUCCGCACCCCCCUCCUAUCCCGGACAACGAAGACGACGGACCGAGAAGCCCGACUAUGUCGACCGCAAGCGGGUUCACGAGCAUAUCGCAGCGAGGCAUCAACCCGCGGUGGCAGGAGGAGCAGAGCAAGCUCGCGCCGGGCCGGCCACAGGGAGGCUUGGGCCGACAUAGUGUGGGGCUGCAGGGAAAUCCCGACUUUGAGCUGCCUGUGCCAAGGGGCCGGGCGGGUCGUGGUGGGCGCGCUGGAAUGCUGGGACCUGGGUUCAGAUGAUGAGAUACGGAUACGGAUGCAUGCGCUGGAGCCUGGCAGAGGGACAUGUGGCACGUAAAUAGCUGUGGAUAUUUUUUUUCGGAGAUGGGGCGGAGGUGUUUUGUUUGUUUAUCGUUUUCUCAUUUCUCAUUUUCUCGUCUUUUUUUUCAUGCUUGCUCUCAUUGCAUUUCCUUCCUUCCUUCCGUUCUAUAUACCUUGUUUUUGAUCAGCUUCGGGGUUUCUAUUCUACACGGUCAAAUCUUGCUAUUCAUUCACUUCUAUUU